CUUACGUCAUCACUUCAUCAACUUUCCUUUUUUCUUUUUUUUAUUUUCCUUCCCUUUUCACUCUACUAUAAAUACACGCUCCCCUCCAUCUAUUUUUGGUCCAUGUCAAAAAACCACAAACUUUACGAAAAACCUCAAAUUAAAAAAAAAAAAACAGAGAAACUAAUUUUGAAAGAAAGCUUAAGUUUUAAGCGACAAUGGAGGAUGAUAAGAGAGGGGUUCAAGGAAAAUUGAUCGGAAAAGGAUCCUACGGUUCAGUUUACUUGCGAGAAUCCAACGGUGGUCGUUUCGCAGUGAAAUCAGCUUCAAAGAAUUGUCUUUCUUCAUUACAAGCUUUAGAAAAUGAAAUCAAAAUCUUACGUUGUCUUUCCUCAUCUUCACCGUUUAUUGUAAAUUACUACGGCGAUGAUGAAACAACGUUGGAUAGGAGACUUCAUUUGGAAUAUCUUCCUUCCGGUGACGUGGCUAAAUCCGGCGGAAUUACUGACGUGGAGCUAAUCAGAUCGUACACGUGGUGUUUAGCUAUGGCUUUGAAGGAAGUUCAUUCAAAAGGGAUUGUUCAUUGUGAUGUUAAGGGGAGUAAUGUUUUAGUAGGCCCCACUAAAGGAGUUGUAAAGCUUUGUGAUUUUGGAUCAUCAUAUCAAGUAGUUGAUCAACAUCAGAGGAUGAAGAUAGUGCCAUGUGGUAGUCCUCUCUGGAUGGCUCCUGAGGUCGUCCGUGGAGAAUCACAAGGUUUUGAAGCAGAUAUAUGGUCACUUGGGUGUACAGUGAUUGAAAUGUUUACCGGAAUGCCAGCGUGGCAAGAUAAUGGACUUUACACUUUGAUCAAAAUUGGGUACUCCGAUGAACUACCGGAGUAUCCAACCCAAUUACCCGAAUCCGCUAAGGAUUUUUUAAGCAAGUGUUUGGUUCGUAACCCGGUAGAAAGAUGGAGCUGUGAUCAGCUGUUGCAGCACCCAUUUUUACUCCCUGUACCUUCAGAAUCUUCUCCUAGAAGUAUUCUUGAUUGGCAGAAUCUCGACUUCUCCGAUGACGAUUAUGAUGAUGAUGAUGAUCAUGAUGAUCGGCCAUUAUCUGAUGAUCAAGAAAUUUCAGAUAGAAUUGGUAAAUUAGCAACAAUAUCAGGGGUAAGUUGGGAAAGUGACGGUUGGGUGGAGGUUAGGAACAAUAGUGUAAAAAUGGUUAAACAAGAACAAGAAGAAAAGGAUUCUGAAAGGACAUGUUGGGAAUAUUCCGAAUUGUCUGAGGAUGAGAUGGUAAAUUCACAAGAUAACGCUAACGAUAAUGAUAACAAUAUUCUAACGUGGAUAAAUUUAAGGGAAGAAAUUAAAGUUGAUGACAUUAUUAGCGGUGUAAACGGCGUUGAUCGGUGCGGUAACAGUGAAUCAUGUGGUGGGAUAAUGAAUAUAAGGAAAAUAGAAAUUGAAACAGUUGUAUUAUUAUCAAUAAUUAUAGAAUAUUUGUCAAAUUUUAUGUUAUUAAUUGUAUUAUAUGCUUGUUCCAUAUUAAUCAAUAAAAAAAUGCUAAUGUGUAAAUAUGAACACUUUGAAUAUGUUGUUAAUACUAUGAAUAUUAGGUAUACAACAACAACAAAACAAAUAUAUAAUUCAUAUUUGUCAAGUCCAUAUAGUAUCACAACACCACCAAUCGUAUUAGGGAAAUUGAAUGAUAUAGUGGGGCUAAAGAUUACCAUGUUGGCCUUACAGGGAAAUUUGGUUCAUCAACAGCUAGCCACAUCAAAUAGUUUUGGGAUCUUUUUAGCUCUAUAUUUCACAUGCCUUUGGUUCCCUUGUAAUUCCAUUUCUCAUGUGCAUUGCUUUGCUUUGCUUGUUAUCUUCUUUGCAUCUUUUGUGUAA